AUGGCGAUUUUGAACUUCACUCUGAGCGAGGAAGGCGUCACUGCUCUCCGGGACGCCCUCAUCUGCCUCAGCAAGUUUAGUGACGAUGUUUCGCUCGAAGCUCGCAAGGACUCGUUCACGUUGACCACGCUCAAUGUCACCAAGUCAGCCUAUGCAAGCUUCAAGUUCGGGCCCGGCAAAUUUUUCUCGCGGUACUCUUUUCAAGGAACGGGGCCGUACCGCGAGAAGUUCUACUGCACACUGUUCAUUAGGUCUCUCAUCUCCAUCUUCCGAAGUCGCACCAGUGUAGACACGCAGCGCGACGUCGAGAGGCACACGGUCAUCGAAAAGUGCGACGUGGCGGUUGAGGACGGUGAAGGAAUUUCCAGUCGCUUCAUUGCGCGAAUCGUCUUCAGGAAUGGCCUCACCAGCACGCAUCGCCUGCCCUUCGAGGUCGCGGUGCCGGUGCACGCAAAGUUCAAUAAGAGCGACUCUCCGCACCAUUGGGUCAUUGCCUCACGGACACUGCGCCAGCUCAUGGACCACUUUGGACCGGGCAUAGACUUGCUGGACAUUAACACAGAUGGGGACCAUGUAAAUUUUACGUGCUUCAGCGAGAAGACAGUCUCAGAGGAUGCUGUUCUCAAGAAGCCGCUGCAGACAUCCAUUGCUGUCGAGGCCGACGAGUUCGACGACAUUGAUGUUGAAGACAAACUGCAUAUCGUUAUUUCCGUCAAAGACUUCAGAGCAAUCAUCCAGCAUGCUGGAAUUACCGGAAACGUCAUCUCAGCCCGCUACUCACUCCCAGCCCGCCCGAUCCAGUUCUCCUAUGGCAGCGAGGCUAUCAGUUGUGAAUUUCUGGUCAUGACUGUCGCCCCCUCGGAGGCGCCAGGCCAGGACGCCCAGCAGAUGCCACCUCCACCACCGGCUUCAAGGAGACCGCCGAAUUUGACACCUCAGAUGUCAGCUCCUCGUGCAAGUGCUUCUCGACUCGGUGCGUUCGAUCUCCGCCCGACGCAACAAGCACCUCCACCAGCGACGCACAACUCGGAAAGCCUCUUCGUAGAUGAAGAAAGCUGGGAGCCAAUGAGGGACGAGGAAGAAGAGGAAGAUAACGCCAGGUUGGAAUGGGAUCACAGUGCUGAAACGAACCCCGCCGAGUUGCGAAUGAAGAGUAUGAUGCAUCAAACCGCGCAGCCAGCCCCCGACGCGAAUACCGAAGACGCUGCAAGCGCAAACCUCGAGUCGCAGGCCCUUGAGCCGACCCAAAACAUGUCGGAGGUCCAGAACUUGGCUUUGUUUCCCGACUAA